UUUUGUGAUUGAAAGAUUACUGGUGGCCCGAAGGCCUUUCCAGUUUCACCAGGACAGGUGGGCGAGCAAAGGCUCAGCUAGGAGGGGUGGGAUUUGCUAACAACUGCCCGAGCGCCUCCGAAGGAGACCUAGCAACUCAAGAGCAAUUGCUUCGCGAAUGAAUCUACUACCGGAUCGGAAUCGCGACCCGCUGAGAAGAUCCGGCGAGAAACUCAGCGGGCUGAUGCACUACAAACAGUGAGAUUGCUUGAAUUAAUGCUACUGGAACUAGUCAUACUAAAGCGAUUAACAGAAUUGAAGUUCAUUAACGUUAAUGACAUGCCAUCGGUAUAGUAAAACUGACACUUCGUUAUAAAUCUUUAUUAAAAUUGUCUCAAUAAAUAAAUAAAACAAGUAGGUAACACUAGUUUGCUGUCGACUUAUAAUCAUUUUGAAUGAUACUUAGAUCUAAUUCAUAUGAUUACGGUUAGCCAUUCAUUACCUCGAUUUUGAUAAAAUAAAAUUCAUACCAGAAUCAGUAGAGGUUAGACCAGCGGAAUUCAACAAUUGGAAGUAGCUACGAAUUCAUUGCUGUCAAUCGGUUUUGCAUCCACAUUUGUGGUAGAUUCACUUGAUUGAUUGUUUCCGGAACAAUGCAUGAGAUGUUAAAUAUUAAGAUAGAUUCGCCGUCGAGUAUGAAUGAGUAGAAUUAUUCAGGUGAUGGAUGACCGAGGGCGUUCAACCCAAAACGUGGGUCUACGACCGGCCGAGUUUCACACAGCUGAUCGCGCCGACCUGCGUCACCCUGCACGAUGGAAGCUAAUAAAUAUUUUGAAAUUUUCAGACACCGUUACUCAUUUAAAAUUUAUAGAAAUCACGUUCGUAUUGAUACGAAUUUUUUAAAGUCACGUUUCCACAGAAGAUCUCUUUCUGAUUAGAAAUGCCUGCACGGCAGAUAUGACUGGUGCCAGAUUUAUAGACACUUGUUCAUAUUUCUUGAAGCCAUAGUGAAAUGAUAGGUGUCAGUGGCAUUAAAAAAACGUCAUAAUUGUCAAAAUAUGGCUGCUACGCAUAUUUUUUUCUAAAUUGUGGUUUUAUCAAGAGUAUUUCUAUUUAUUUCUUUAUUCCUACUAUUCGUUAUUGCCAAAUACAGUCGAGAGAAUGGUACAUCAAAACUAUGGACCUGACACAAGUCAUGAGGAACGCGCCCACCGGCGGCUCCAGAUCAUCUACGCACGGAAAACUAAGGAAAGACAAGUAUUCAUGCAAGAGCUUAAAGAAAUAAGACAAAAGAAUGACAAGCGUAUGCUCAAGAAAGUUAGAGAUUCAAUUGGACCAAUUUGGUAUCAGGUUUUGAGCGUUCCGCAGAGAAGUGCUCUAGAUACUUUAGAGUUUUCAAUUUAUCAGGACAUUUUAGAAGGCCGUCCCAUAAGAACGGCUAGAGUCAUGAAAGAGCUAGGUUUAUACCCACGUCCAAACAUUAUAAACUUAAUGAACUGUGUAUAUUUAGGGCGGAAUGAUCCAAAAGAGAUGCUAGCACAACUAUUCCUUAUGACUUACGGCCAUCCUAUCGAUGGGAAACGAGCUGUCUACAAUCUGAAUGCCCGGCUCAUGUUGUCUGGUAUACUAUAUUUAGGUCUAGAUAACCUCAUACAAUUGCUCCGUGAAAGAUUCAAACCUGAUCCAAGUCAUAAAAAACCGGUCAAUAAGCCGAAGGCUAAAAUCGAACCUCCAUUGAAAUCACCGUAUCUUCAAAAAAUGAUAGCUGUUCUUUAUGAGCCUCCUAAAAGGAAGCCGAAGCGUCCACCUCCUUUGCCUAACUUAAAUGAUCUCAAUGAGCCUUACGAAGAAGAGCCACCGGUGCCUAAGCUACCUCCCCCUCCGCCGCCACCACCACCACCAAAAAAAAGGCUAGCGCGAUCGUUUUGUGACAAAAUUGCUGGAAUCAUGAGAAUUGAGCCUCACACAUCCGUGACGGCAGUCAGUUUGAAAACAGUCGCUCGUACUAGUCAUCGUAAGCUUCGGGGCUCAAAACUAUCUGUUACUGAAGUUAAAAAGACCUAUGGCAUGAGUGGGGUUGGUAAAAGAAAAGGUGGCCGAAGAAGAAAACCCGUAGCGCCAUCUACAGGCAUGUGGAACACACAAUACGUGAUCAGCGGGGUUUGUUACAUACGUGGAAAAUCAGUUUUUGUGAUUAGUACAGUUUCCGUGCUGCCUCCAACAGGGGAUCUCAUUCACGGUGGACACAAAUACAUGGGCGGUCAAUGCGUCAACAUACAUUGUGGUUUCCGCGGGCGACCACCACCACCGAAACCUGAUCCUUGCGAUUGCGUUAAGAAAUGGCACGAUACAGUGAUCCAAUAUGUAAAAAGAACAAAAUGCUAUUGCGGUCAUCACUAUGAUUAUGGUAACGAGGGAGCUUUUCUACCUGAAGAAUUACCAUUUUUCGAAAAGCCUACACGGAAAUCGCCUUUCGUUUUUAAUUAUGACACAAUUUAUGACUUAGAUGAAAAACGACUCCUCGUUCGCAAGGAAUUCAAAAAACUUUGGGACACAGAUAGCGUGCUUCACGUUGAUGACGGUACUUUGAAAGCUAUCAAAGAUAAAAAGAAGAAAAAGUUAAAGAGGUCAUCUACUACAUGUUUGGGUGAAUCUCCGAAGCCGGAAGAUUACUUGAAAUGCGCUCUGCGGCUGAUGAAAAAAGUAAAUGUCGCUGCAAGAUUACCAGACAUACAUCUAGUUCCAGAGCUUAAGGAAUGGAUGAGGAGACGUAUUUAUGGUCCAUUAAAGGGAUACCAAAUAACAGAAACACUGCGCAAAAGCGAAUUCUAUUGGCAGCUAUUCCGUAUGUUCGCUAUGAAAGGAUACGAUCACGUUUCUUCUCCGAGAGAUGCCAUUUUCGGUGGUAAUACAAAUUGGAUGCACAAGCGAGAAUUACAACAACAAUUCGACAAAUACACUGAGAAAUUUAAGUUACAAAUGUAUCGGUCUCACGCUUACGGUACCAAUCUCAUGUGGCCGUCGAUGUGUCAGGCUCAAUUCCCAGAUAAAAAGUUUCGCGAAAUAUACUUUUCAUAUUUGUUUAAACGCAUUGAAGACCUACAACUGAUACGUCCAUACAGUUCGAAAGAAGCUGCAGAACGUAAAGAUAUGUUGGCUCGUAGACGGUAUUGUUGUGUGCCUGCAGGUAUCGAAGCUAAAGAUUGAAGAUGUUUUUUUAGCCUGAGAACUUUUACUAACAUAUUUUAUUACUGAAUAAAGCUAUUCUGUUA